AUGCUAUAGAAAAUAAUUGUGGCCUUUAGUUCUACUGCUAAUACUUUCAAAAAUAAGUCUAAAUUAACAGAAUUUUAUAAGGCAAUACAUCCAGAUAUGUUGUAAAAUGCACCCGAUAAUGUGAAAAUGGAGAAUACAAGAUCAUUGAAGAUUCUUAACAAUUAUUUUGAUGCUGUGUCAUAGAAUGAACGUACAGAACCACAAGAAUUGGUCUUUUAUAUGGCUGAAAAGCAGAACACAAAAGCAAGAAAGUUUUUGCCAUUUACAAUAGUAUUGGAUGCAUAUUUGGGAAAGGAUUAAUAGGGUGCAAUAGAUAAAGUGACAACUCAAAUAAGGGAGUAGAUAAAUUAGAAAUACUAGGAAAUAAGAAAGGAUUUUACAGAGAAGCAUGCUAAUCCCUUUGUUACUUAUACAAAUCAGUAUGAAAAAGCCAAGAAAAACUUCUUUGAAACAACAACAACUUUGAAGAAGAGGUCGUCAACUCAAGAAUCUGAGUAGUUAGCAAUGAGAGCGUCUAUCUUUUCAGCUCAAAUGCAAUCAGAAUAUGACAAUUUUUUGAAGAGUGCUACUUAACAAAUGAGACAAGCAAAUAUGCCACAAAUAAAACCCAGGUUAUGGGCUAGUAUUAUGAUUGACAAAUGCGAUAUGAUACCUAACUUAUUUCAAAUAUUUGAUUAAUUGAUUGAUCCAAGGUUAAUAUUUUUUGAUCAAGACUUAACUAAGGAAGAAAGCGACAUAUUUGUUGAAAAAAUCAUACCAAAAACAACGAAUCUUAUGAGUGUGUAGGCAUUAUCACCAUUGUUUUCAAGAUUGGAAAAAGCUGAUCCUUAGAUAUGUUUAUAUGUUACCAAGAGAUAUGGAGCAACAGAUAUCCCAGGAUAUUUCAGUAUUCCAUAUAAUUUUGAUGUGUAAGAAAUACAACAACAAUUUGGAAUUUAUUAAAAGCAGAUUAAAUAGGAAAGAGAGGAGUAUGAAUAGGAAUUGAAGAAAUAUUAAUAAUCACUGUACAAUUUGGCAGAUCGUUAUUCUAUCACCAAUAUUUAAAAUGAAGUGCUAUUAAAAAACACAGAGGUAGUAAGAAAACUAAAUUUGAGUUUAUUGAUCUUGUAAAAAUAAUUGAAUGAGGUGAAUACUUAGAGACUGAACAACUUACGAAUGAAAUAGUGGGUGUUGACAGAGAGUGUUAGUAAGACAGUAGAUAGCAAUGAUCAUUUCUAUAUACCUAUUCCUUUUAGUGGGACAGUUUGA